AUGGUGGAGCAAAAGAAUAUAACUCAGGGCAAAGCAGUUGAACCAGGAGACGUCUACACAUAUAAAUGGACUGUGCUUGAUACAGAUGAACCCACAGCAAAGGAUUCUGAGUGCAUUACUAAGUUAUAUCAUAGUGCUGUGGAUAUCACAAGAGAUAUUGCCUCAGGACUGAUUGGGCCGCUUCUGGUUUGUAAACGCAAGGCGCUCGACAGCAGGGGGGUACAGAAAAAAGCUGAUGUGGAACAGCAUGCCGUCUUUGCAGUGUUUGAUGAAAACAAGAGCUGGUACUUGGACGACAAUAUCAAGAAAUACAGCAGCAAUUCCUCCACUGUUAAGAAAGAUGAUCCUAAAUUUUACAAGUCCAAUGUUAUGUACACCCUCAAUGGCUAUGCGUCAGACAGAACAGAUCUUUUGGGGUUUCGUCAGUCUGAAAUUGUUGAAUGGCACCUCACCAGCGUUGGUACAAUGGAUGAGAUUAUUCCAGUACAUCUUUCUGGUCACACCUUCUUAUCCAAGGGAAAACAUCAAGACAUUUUAAAUCUUUUCCCCAUGAGUGGUGAAUCAGCUACUGUAACCAUGGACAAUCUAGGAACCUGGCUUCUGUCAUCAUGGGGUUCCCGUGAGAUGAGCAAUGGCAUGAGACUGAGAUUUUUGGAUGCCAAUUAUGACAAUGAAGAUGAUAGAGAUGAACAAGAGGAAGAAGAUAAUGAUGAUAUUGCUGCCACCAUUGUCAGAUUUGGCUCUUCAGAAGUAACACAAAAGAAAGAAAAGAAAGAAAAGGACCUCAGAAGUGUAGUAUCAGACCCCGAAUCAGAUAAAAUAGCAGAAGAAUUUGGAUUCUCAGUUGACGAGGAUAAUACAAAACAGUCAAGCAAUGAACAGGCAGAAGACGAUGAAGAACAACUUAAGAUAGCUUCAAUGCUUGGGCUUCGAUCAUUUAAUGGGUCAGUUGCUGAAGAAGAAGAAUUGAAUCUCACAGCUCUAGCUAUACAAGAAGAUGCCUAUGCUUCUGGUGAUGAAUCUUUAAACUUUCACAUAGUGUUGAAUAACAGCAGUGAUGCUAUGCAUGCUAAUGGAGAAUUAGGAACUCAAAAUAAUUCUUACGUAACUGCAUUUGAGACAAUCUAUGCUAAUUGUACAUCUUUUGCAGGAGAAAUUUUAACUUCAAAUAUCACUGCAGUGUUUGGCAUCUUGCUAUCUAAUAAAAGCCAAAACGAAGAUAAUAUUACUCAGAUUUUAGAUAGCUGCAAGCAAAUGCUUGCUGCUGAAUAUUUAAAAACCGAUAGAGGACUACAGAGCAAAGAUAUAGAAGAUUUAAUGUCCCUUGAAAUAAUGUCUUCCAUGAAGGAGCAAGAAGAAAAUACAUUUGAAAAACAUAUUUGGGAUAAAAAGAGAGAAACACAAGUUCUGACAGAGGCAACUUUGCAUGCUCUUAAAGAGAUGUAUGCUCUACUCUUUUAUGUACAACAAAAGAGAAAUCUUUCUGCUUUUAACGUCACAAGUGAGGACAUGAAAUUUCUUUCUAGUACAGAAAAUGACUCUACCUUAGAUGACUCAAAAGCCAAUCACUUUUCAUAUGAAUAUGAUUAUGAUUAUAAAGAAGAAGCAACAGAAGCAGCAAAUGUUGAGUUUACCAAAAUUAUAAUGAAUAUAACUUCAGCUGAUAAAGAAACAGUGAAAAACAAUGGAUCUGAGCCAAAACUUGUUUCCAUACCUUCUAUAAUGCCACAAUCUGAAAAUUUGACUUCAGAUGCCACAUCAGAUAAUUUUGUUUCUACAACAAUUCCAAAGUCUACAAAGACUUGGAAAAGUUCAUCUCCCCAGAGACAGAAAUGCUUCCCUAAGAACACAGACAUGCAAUGGAAUGUUGUCGACAAGAAAGAAAAUUAUGAUAUAUUAGCAGAUAUCACUAAUGAUGUUGAUAAUAAAUUCCAGAACAGCAGCAGAAAUGCCUCGUAUCAAGAAAAUGCCUUGUUCCCUGGCAAAAGAAAAGAGAAAACAGAUAACUUUAAUGGUCAACUUGAGUUGGGCCAACCAGGAAUUAAUAACAAAAAUGAUACCCAGAAAGAUGAGAACUGCACUAUCAAUAUACCUCAACAUUUUCUCAAAGUCCAACGAAAGAAAAAAAAGCCAAAUGUUUUAACUCCAAGGACGUUCAAGCCUCUAGAGCUACCUGCUAAUUUCAACAAUUCCCAACUUUCCAAUAAACCCAACCACACAAAGUUGUUAAAUGAGACCAAAUUGACACAAAAACAGGACAAGCCAAUUAUUACAAUAGGUCUUCCAGUGGAAGAUGGUGGCUAUCAGGAAUAUGAGAUAGAUAAUACAGACAGUGAUGAAAGUAGCAGUGGUUCAUUUGAAUAUGAGUUAAUGUAUUAUGAUGAUCCAUAUAUCACAGAUUCUCGACUUGACAGUAAUAUUGCACGUAAUCCUGAUGACAUAGCUGGACGCUACCUACGUACUAUCAACAGAGGAAAUAUAAGGAGGUACUACAUUGCAGCAGAAGAAGUUGUGUGGGACUACUCACCAUUCAGAAAAAGUACAGUGAGAAGUCGCCCUUUGAGGACCACAUUCAAAAAAGCUAUUUUCCGAAGUUAUCUUGAUGAUACUUUCCAGACACCUAGUCCUGGAGGGGAAUAUGAAAAACAUCUUGGUAUACUGGGUCCUAUCAUUAGGGCUGAGGUGGAUGAUGUAAUCCAAGUUCAGUUCAAAAAUUUGGCCUCUAGACCAUACUCACUUCAUGCUCAUGGCCUUCUUUAUGAGAAAUCUUCUGAAGGCAGAAGCUAUGACGACCAUUCUCCUGAAUUUUUCAAAAAGGAUGAUGCAAUUAUGCCAAAUGGCACAUACACAUAUGUUUGGCAAGUCACCAAACGGGCAGGACCAACAGAUGACACGGAAAAAUGUAAAACAUGGGCCUAUUACUCUGGUGUAAAUCCGGAAAAAGAUAUUCACUCUGGCUUGAUUGGACCUAUUUUGAUCUGCCACAAAGGCAUUAUUGAUGAGUACAACAGGCCAAUAGACAUAAGGGAAUUUGUCCUGCUUUUUAUGGUCUUUGAUGAGGAGAGAAGCUGGUACUUUGAAAAAUCUGACAAAAGGACCCGUACAGAGAGACUUCUAGGAGUCCAAUCUCGCCACACAUUUCCUGCAAUUAAUGGGAUCCCUUAUCAGCUGCAAGGCUUGAAGAUGUACAAAGAUGAGAAUGUCCACUGGCAUUUGCUGAACAUGGGUGGGCCCAAAGACAUCCAUGUUGUUCAUUUUCAUGGUCAGACAUUCACUGAAGAGGGAAGGGAAGAUAAUCAACUUGGGGUCCUUCCUCUUCUUCCUGGUACAUUCACCACCAUCAAAAUGAAACCAUCCAAAAUUGGCACCUGGCUUUUAAAAACAGAAGUUGGAGAAUAUCAGGAAAGAGGAAUGAAGGCUCUUUUUACUGUCAUUGAUAAAGAUUGUAAAUUACCAAUGGGGCUGGAAAGUGGGAUAAUACAAGACUCACAGAUCACUGCUUCAGAUCAUGUUGGAUAUUGGGAGCCUAAGCUAGCAAGACUGAAUAAUGGUGGAAAAUAUAAUGCUUGGAGCAUCAUAAAGAAGGAAAAUGAACAUCCAUGGAUUCAGGUACAACAAUUAAUUGCAACACCACAAUGUGAUUUGGUUGUGGAAAUCAUCAUGGAAUGCACUACUAUUUUUGAGGCAUUAAUAAUAUUUAUAGAAUGUGGACUUUUUUUUCCUCAGCAUUUUGAGGGUAAUUCAGAUGGUACCAAAGUAAAAGAAAACCACAUUGAUCCUCCUAUUAUUGCCAGAUAUAUUAGGCUGCAUCCAACCAAGUUCUACAACAGACCAACGUUCCGCAUUGAACUGCUGGGUUGUGAAGUUGAAGGGUGUUCUAUGCCUUUGGGAAUGGAAAGUUGGGCUAUCGAGAAUUCAGCGAUUACAGCCUCUUCUUAUAAGAAGACUUGGUGGAGUUCAUGGGAACCAUCCCUUGCACGACUCAAUUUGAAAGGGCGAACAAAUGCUUGGCAACCAAAGGUAAACAACAAAGAUCAAUGGCUACAAAUUGACCUGAAACAUCUUACAAAAAUAACAAGCAUAAUAACUCAAGGAGCCACAUCAAUGUCUACAGAAAUGUAUGUGAAAACAUUUUCCAUCCAUUAUACUGAUGAAGAUUCAAAAUGGAAGCCUUAUUUGGAUGUUUGCACUUCCAUGGAAAAGGUUUUCACAGGAAAUGUUAACACUAAUGGACAUGUCAAACACUUUUUCAAACCUCCUAUAUUGUCCAGGUUCAUUCGUAUCAUCCCCAAAACAUGGAAUCAAUAUAUUGCACUCCGAAUAGAACUGUUUGGUUGUGAUGUUUUUUAAGGCUUGGGCAGAAGAUUAUCAAAUCAAGCAACUUCAAAGUUUCAAGUUUUCUUAUUACUAAUUCUGUUUUUUAAAAGGAAAGAAAAACAAAAGCAUAAUAAAACUGUAGUAGCGUAAAAAAGCUAUCCUUCUCAAAGAAUUUUCAGCUACAGCUUUAUCAAUAAAAUAACUUAACUGAAGUGACUUUACAAUGAAUAAUUGUACUGCCACUUUAAUCAUGAAUGUACAUCCUAAUACAAUAAAAUCUUAUUUUUUUGCGAGUA